UCUUCCCACUCACCACUAUUUCUUCCCAAUUUCUCUCCUUGUUCAACAAAUUCAAACCAAACUCAUAGCCAAAAAAACCAAACACUUGUUCUUGAAUUUCUUUCUUCAAUUCUAUAGAAAAAAUUUCUUCCUUUCUUGAAACAAAAUUUAUGAAUAUGGAAGGUUUGGACCCAACAACAUGUUUCAUGGUAGAUGAUGAUAUUCUUAAUUUCUCUUUGGAUGAUGAGAAAUACCAAUCUUCUUCUUCUUCUUUUGAAUCGUCAAACACCGUUGGAUUUCUCCCUGAUGAUCAUAGCCCUUCAUUUCCUGAUUUUGUAGAGGAAGAAUUGGAAUGGCUUUCAAAUAAAGAUGCAUUUCCAGCAGUAGAGUUUGACAUAUUUUCGGAUCAUGUUCCGAGUGUCAUGUUUGAUCACCAUAGCCCGGUUUCAGUACUGGAAAAUAGUAGCAGUAGCAGCACCAGCAACAACAGCAGUUACAAUGUAAACGUUAAGGAAAACGCGUUUAUGACCGGCUAUGGAAGCAGCCUACAAGUUCCUGUUAACUACCCUGUUGGUGCACGGAGCAAGAGAAGGCGAAGAACCACCUUUAUUGAUUUGCAAAUAGAGCAUUUAUGUGUGUGGAGAAACCAAGUGAAAUUCAAGAACACUACUAAAAGAGCUUCUAGCCUUGGUAGGAGGUGCCAGCAUUGUGGGGUCGAUAAGACCCCACAAUGGCGUGCGGGUCCUACAGGGCCUAAGACGCUGUGCAACGCUUGUGGGGUCCGGUAUAAGUCCGGAAGGUUGUUGCCCGAGUAUCGACCGGCGAAUAGUCCUACUUUUUCAGCUGUUUUACAUUCAAAUUCUCAUAGGAAAGUUUUGGAGAUGAGAAAGCAGAGGAUUGUGGAGUAUUAGCAGGAUUUUAUUCAAGUAUGUUUAUAUAUAGGGCAGGAUUAAUUAGUAGUGAGCCUAUAGCAUAUUUUUUUUAUGAGAUUUUCUCUUUUAGCACAAUUAGUAUGGAGUCUAGGUUUGUUGUAGUGGCUAGAAGGUUACUGAACAAUAUUAUUUUGUUUUUAUUUUCAGCAAAAUCCAUUAGGGAAUUAUCAAUUUAACCUGUUCUUAUUAUGCUUUAGAAUUGAAUAAAAAAAGAAGUGCUCCUAGCAAGAAUUUGAUCA